CAUCGUCAUUGAUUGGCGGUAGGCUCGAGCGGGAGAAGGGAAGGGAUUAAUCGCUUCGCGCCGUGCUCUAUCCACAAACUUGCCAUGGAGCAAGUUGUUGCCGGCAGCAUUGGGCUGAUGAUCCUUCAUUUCUACACGAUGAGGGUGUUGACGUGGAGGGAUUGGGUGCCCAUUUUUGAGCGAACCUUGCGAAGCUGGAGGAUCUCAUCAAGACCCGUUGAACGGCCUGAGGUUCUUGCCUGCAUGUUCGAAAGGCGUGAGCGAGUACUCAAGGAGAUUGCCGGGAUUUGGUGCCCGUUAAUCGAAUCAUUUUGGUUGCCUUACUACGUUUUGGUCAAUUACUACGCCUUCGGUUCCCUUCUUCAAGUUCCUUGCUUUCUCAGCGGCGCAAUUGCAGUUCCCGCGUUGCAACGAGUUGCAAGGCGAGAUGUUAAACUGACUCCCCUGAUUAUGCAUCAAUGUACCUUCCACCUGUGCAUCGCAAUCCUAAUCAGCUCUGUUGGCUUUCCGCGGGAUUUGAUGCCAAUUCUUCAUGUGGCUCGUAUCAUGGUGGGCACCUUCUCGACAGAUGUGUGGCACGUCAACAACAUGAACUUGCUGCUUGCUCCACUUCACGUGCUCUCCAACUGGAUGCAAAAGGAGCCCAAGGCAGAAGCCCUCGAGUUCAUGUUCAUGAUCAUCGCUGAGGUGUUCUUCAUAUCAAUCACAGCCUUGAUCCUUUCCACCUUACAUGAGAAAGAAUAUCAGUUAGCUGCUGCAAGCCUGGAGCUGGAAGAGAAGGUGCAAGAAGUGAAGGAAGCCGAACGGAGCGGCGCCGCAGCGCAGCGGCUCCUGGCAGUGACCUGCGAUGCGUCCACGCGGCUGACAGGGGACUUGAGGAUUUCUCAGCCUUCCCCGAGUUUGUCGGAUUUGUUAAUGUGCGGCUUCGGAUCCAACCUGGGAUGCAACCACCUUGAAGGAGUUCCCUUCCUUCGCGAUGUGGACCCACCAGAACAUAAUCGCUUGAAGGCCUUCAUUGAGGAAUCGGCCAAAGCCGAUACGCCACCAAGGUCGAUCCAUUUGCAGAUGAAGGAUUCCAGCGGUAUUUCGUUCAAUGCCGAGCUCUUCCAUGUGACGGUGCCUUCCCUGAUGUCUGAGCAGGUGGAACAUCUGAUUGGUAUCAGCCAGGAGAACUCCGAAAGAGUUCUGGCAUCUGAGGAGCAAAGUGCCAUGAGCGGCCCGUCCACCGACAUGCCGCCCACGGACAUGCGUCACAUCCUGGGCUAUGGACUUCCGCCGGUGAAGACAGAGCGGAGCCUCCCGAGCGCACGAAGCAGAAGUAAAAGCCGCAGUGAAUCUGCUUCAAGCAGCGACCCCAGGACCCCGAGCUCCAAAUGUCAAAACCUGAUACGAUUGCGCAUGCUGCAGAAGGUGAACUUCACCAUAGACAUCGAGUCUGAUGACUUUCAGAUAGAGUCUUUAACUCUGACCUUCGGACAGACGGACAACUGUCCAAGGGAUGCCCUGCCCAAACUGCUUGAAUGGAUCAAGCCAAACUAUAGGUCGUUGCUCUUCAACUGGGCACAAUCCCACGCCAACGCCUUUGCCAGCGGCAGUCCAUGCAAGGAUAUGCCGUCAUUGCGUGGUGUCAAACUGAUAUCUCCCAUGCAAUCUGCCAACACUAUCCUUGCAGGGGAAGUAAUUCCUGCUGGAUUUCAGGAAGUGGAUGGCGGUACUGGCAGUACAGAAAACGGAGGAACAAGUUGCAGUGGCAGCGCAGGUUUGCUCAUGAACAUCGAGAUGCGGAAGCUUUUUGCCCACUAGCUGAGCUUGGAAUGAUGAGGUGUAAUGCCAUAGGAGGUGUUUUGGAUUUCAGCCCGAAGCAACAGUGGCUGGACCAAAUUAUCCAGUCGCAUGGCUUCGAGACAUGCAGUUCCGGAGCCAGAUGUUUAGCCAGCAAGAGUCAACUCUUGUAUACAUAGUUUCAAGUGGUUCCCGACAGGAAUGGGUCAAAGUCAAAGUAGAUGGUG